AGCGACGAAGAUUCUACGUCAUUCGGCCAAUCAUGUUCCAUAACCGCAGCCCAGCCCCCGCUGACCUUGAACGUGAUUGGCCGGACGACGUAGAAUCUUUGCCGUCCGAAAGACAUCGAACGCGGGGCAUAUGUCUUAUGAAGCGAUGUUUAAUGUCAAAUGUUAGCCUAGUUCAAGAUUCUUGGCCUAGGUUAUCUUUGUUUUCUUAUUGCUCGAUUCCUGGCUCGAAACAGUAAAAGAUAAAUUUGUCCUUGAAUCGGUGCAGCGGCGCAGAGUCAGAGUGGGCUCAUGGCUUUUGUGACAGGAACCCGCCAGCUGAGGGUACAUCAUGCUGGAUACUUGUAUGUGCGUGAUUACUACAAGGAGAGCUGUGACUCAACCUACUACAAGUGCUCGCUGGCAUCACAUUCUACAAGGAAGUGUCAUGGCCGGGGUAAAGUACGGGGCGCAAUUUAUGUGAAUGAGUUUGAGGUCACUCGAGAACACAACCAUGAGGCUGAUGUGCGUUAUAUGGAGAAUGGGACGACCAGAACAGUCAUGAAACAAAUGGCAGAGAUAAAAGAGGAGUCUGUGAACAAGAUCAUGGUGACCACUCAGCAGCAGCUGUCUCAGUCUAAGUCUGAUGCCACCCAAGCUGAAUCUGUCUUGCCGAGAACCUCUGACCGCAUCCGUCACUCCAAGUCCAGGCAGCAGUGUGAUUUGUCUGCAAACACUGGCAAUGAUGCUGUCUGGCAGUCUGAGUGGCAGAGCUGGAUGAAUGCUGCAGAAGCUGAUGUUCUGGAUGUUUGCUGCAAGACUGUGACCGGUCAGCUGCACAAGUCCCGGCUCGGCUCGGGGGGCCGCGGACGCUGCAUUCAGCGCCAUGGCGAGUGGCUCACGCCCACCGAGUUCGAGGCGCUCAGCGGGCGGGCGCAGAGCAAGGACUGGCGGCGCAGCAUACGGUUCGAAGGUAGGAGCCUGCAGUCCGUGAUUGACGCCGGUCUGCUGCUGCCACACGCCGCCAGCUGCGCGUGUGCCAUCUGUUCCGACGACCCGGCCGUGUCGGCUCCGGUGCGGCUGUUCACCCCCUAUCGGAAGAGAAAGUUCCGCGCGGCACUCGGCUCCUCGUCACCGCCCCCAGCAGAGCCGACCUCCGACGCCGCUGGUGGACUGGACCUGCCUGACUCGGGCCCUGAUGAGACGGAGCUAGCGGAAGAGAUCAGCGCCCUGCCUCCUGACCGCAUGUGGGAGAGACUGGAAGAGAUGUCCUGGUCGGUGCUGCGCCAGGCUCUCACCCUGAAGCAGAUUAUCAGGACCUGUCGCGAGCGGCAGGCGUCCACUGCUACCUCCAACGCUGACGGAAGUGGAGCUGCAGGCGAGGAGAGGAGCUCAGCACCCACCCCUUGCUGCGUCCAGCUGGCCAACGAACACACCAUGUGCUCCAACUGUAACCGUCCGCCGGAACUGGAGUGUGGCGCGUGCCACAGCGCCACCUACUGUUCCACGUUCUGCUGCCAGAAGGACUGGGAGAGCCACAGGGGCGGCUGCCACCCGGCUGAACCCGCCACCGCCACCGCCACCGCCACGGCCACCGCCACCGCCACCGCAGAGGAGAGCACCGCAGCACCGCCCACAGUCAUGUACAUAGUGGCUAACGGCACUGAGCACGUCGUCACCGUGUCUCAGACGUAGUGAUUGAGGUGAGGACUCGGUGAGGAGUCGGGUAAUGGAUGAGGACUCCUGGACUCAGUGAGGGGUCAGUGGACUCUGUGAGGACUUAGUGAAAACUCAGUGAGAACUCUUGGACUCAGUGGAGUCAGCCAGGCGAGGGCUCAGUGAGGUUUGGAUGGAGACUGACUGGCGUGGACCUAGUGAGCGCUCAAUGAGAGCUAAUUGAGGAGUGAGUGAGGUGUCCUUCUGAAGCUACAGUGUGCUUGGUGGACGGGGACCCUGCUACAGACAGAAUGCUGUCAAAACUGAAGUUACUUUGUCAUUGCAUCACAUUGAAUACAUUUCAGUUGGAGAAACUA